AGUGAAACAUGAGAAAUCUUUUAUUUGACAAGUCAUUCCAGUUUCGCCGAAUCAUUUGUUUGUUUUCAGCAAAAUCUAGAUCAACUUCUGCAAGAAAAAUGUCUUCGGAUAGAAACCAAUUUGUCCUGCCAAACACGCAACCAAUUGCGCAAUUAGAAUGCCGCACUGCCUUUUCUAACUUGACUCAGGAAGAGAAGAAAUAUGCUCAUUUCUUAUCAAAGGCUGCAUGGAACGGAGGUCUUAUUUGCACAGUGCAAACAUCGAAGGAAUCUCCCUUGAUCUUUUCAUUACUGCAUCGAAUUUUCUUGAAAGAGUCUCCCGAGCAGCUGAAAGAAGUUGCAAAAAAUGCCGGCUUAUCCGAUGAGGAGUACACUGCUUUUCUUGUCUACGCUUGUGGAUUUCUCGGCAAUAUGGGAAACUACAAAGGUUUCGGCGACUCAAAAAUUUUGCCGGAUUUGGAAGAAACCAAAUUCGAAGCACUCGUGAAAAAGUCAAAAGCGUUCGUCGAAGAUCCUGAAAAAGUUGGAAAAUUAUUCGAAAGCGUUAAAUCAUCAAUUUUUUCACUUACCGAUCGUGAGAAAAUGUUAGGAUUGAAGGACGCCGGAAUCACAACUUAUUUCUCGAGUAAUUGCACGCGCGACGAUGCGGAUCUCGUUGAUGAGUUCAUGAAGUCGAAAAAACGUGAGGCAUGGAAUUGUCGCACUUUCAAGACGGAAGAAGGAGGAAAAGUUGUUUACGACAUCAAAUUGGCAUCCGUUUUGACGACAGAUGAUCCCAAAAUUACGCUUCCUGAGGAAGAAUUUAAAGGAAAAUUCUUUAAAAUCACUCGCGGCGAUCAUUCCGAGUUGCUGAAAAUUGUCAUCGAGAAUUUGCGCGAAGCUCAAAAGUACGCUGCGAACGACAAUCAACGAAAAAUGAUCGAAGAAUACAUCAAGAGCUUCGAAACGGGCUGUAUCGAUGCGCACAAAGACGGAUCUCGUUAUUGGGUGAAGGAUAUUGGGCCCGUGAUUGAAACGUACAUCGGUUUUAUCGAAACGUAUCGCGAUCCAGCAGGUUCUCGUGGCGAAUUUGAAUGCUUCGUGGCGAUGGUUAACAAAGAAAUGUCGAAAAAAUUCGCUGCUUUGGUCAACAACGCGGAGAAUUUCGUCAAAUUUUUGCCUUGGGGAAGCAAUUUCGAGAAAAAUGUUUAUUUGAAACCCGAUUUCACGUCGCUUGAUAUUUUAACAGCUGCUGGCUCGGGAGUUCCUGCAGGCAUUAACAUCCCCAAUUACAACGAAAUUUGUCAAAAUGAGGGAUUUAAAAAUGUUUCCUUGGGAAAUGUCUUAUCAGCGCGUGAUGGAUCAAAAGAUGAAAAAAUCUCCUUUUUGUCGGAAACGGAUCAAGCGUUGUUCAAAAAGUACAAAGGCCCGUCGUUUGAACUCCAAGUUGGUUUGCACGAGUUACUCGGGCAUGGAAGCGGAAAACUUUUCCGCAUCGAAGACGAUGGAAAAUUCAAUUUUGACGUCGAUGCUGUGAAAAAUCCUCUUACAGGAGGAAAAAUCGAGAAAUGGUAUGAACCUGGAGAAACGUACGACUCGAAAUUCAAGUCCUUAAGCAGCACAUAUGAAGAAUGUCGUGCCGAAGCAGUUGGUCUUUAUCUCUCGUUGAACAAGGAUAUCGUAAAAAUUUUCGGGCAUACUGAAGAGGAAGUCAUCAGUGACGUCACUUACGUUAAUUGGUUGCUUUUGAUUCACAACGGGGUCGGUACAGCCUUGGAAUCGUACAAUCCGCAGCAAAAAGCUUGGUUGCAAGCUCAUGCUCAAGCCCGUUAUGUCAUCAUGAAGGUACUUCUUGAAGCGGGCGAAGGUUUAAUUGAGAUCAAGGAAACGGAGCCGGGCAAAAAUUUGCUUUUAACUCUCAAUCGUGAGAAACUUUACACGGUUGGAAAGAAAGCGCUUGAAGAGUUUUUGUUGAAACUUCAAGUUUACAAGUCAACGGGCGAUUUUGAAGCUGCGAAAAAGUUUUACAAUCAUUAUGCGGAAGUUGAGGAAGAAGGUCCUUAUCCAUGGGCGAAAUGGCGUGACAUUGUCUUGAUCCAUAAGAAGCCGAGAUUGAUUUUGGUGCAAUCGAAUACGGUGCUCGAAGGAGAAAACGUCGAAUUGAAAACGUACGAACCAAACUUCUACGGAUACAUCCAAUCAUGGACCGAUCGUUUGCCCGAAACAAACGUCGAUGACAUCCUCGAACGAUGUCAUGAAGCCACAAAGAAGUAUUUCGACUAAAAAUAUCAAA